UCCACACGUGACAGACUCUGCAUUCUCCGCUCUACAAAACCUCAAAAACAAAAACCCUUCUCCAAAACAAACACAAGCAAAUUCCAAACCUCAAUUCUCUGAAUCAUGGCAGAAUCCAAAGACACCCCAAAAACUAUCACCAACAACAAUAACCCAAACGAACCCACAAAUCUCCUCUCAUUACUUCCCAAAUUCAACCUCAAAUUUCCAUUCUUUAACCACUCAGAGCCACAGCCACAGGCACAAUUGGUGGUUAAAGAGGACCAACAAACGGGAAUUAGCGAGAGAGAAGCCGAGAAUAAACCCAAUUUUGUUCGGUUACCUAAUGCUAAUAAUCCCAAGUUUACGGCGCCUUUCGGUAUUGAGGUUGAAGAGGGCAGUGGAAGGACUCAUAAACCUAUUGUUAUAUGGCAGGUUUAUGCACUGGGUGGAUUCAUUAUUUUGAAAUGGGCAUGGGCGAGAUAUAAGGAAAGGAACGAGAGAGCGAAGAAAGCAUCCUCAGAUGAUGACCAAUCAUCCGAUGAGAAUCAAUCACCGCCCGAUGAUAACUGAAUGAGUCUGUGCAAUCUCUUUGCAAGUGAAUAGCUUCUUAGCUAACAGCAAUUUUUGUAAUUGCUUCUUUUUUUUCUGUCUAGUUCAUAUUGUUUAAUGCUAUCUGCUUUUAACAAUCUUCAUUGACACUGCUAAAAAUUUCAAUCACAUUGUUACACAUACUUUAACUAGAAUCA